AUGGCCAAGAACCAGAAAGUCGUCGUGGUCGGCGCCGGCCCCGUCGGCUCGUUGGCCGCGUUAUACGCUGCGCAGCGCGGAUACGAUGUCGAGAUUUACGAGUUGAGAGCCGACCUCCGAGAUCCUUCAACGACCCUCUUAAACUUCACCCGGUCCAUCAACUUGGCGUUGUCGGAGCGCGGCAUCAACGCCAUGCGCAACGCUGGUCAGCCAAAGUUACUGGAACAUGUCUUUGGCGCCACUAUCCCUAUGCGGGGACGCAUGAUCCACGGCAGAACCCCGAAAGGUGAUCUGUACGAAGCCGCCCAGGACUACGACGUCCACGGCAGGGCCAUCUACGCCGUGGACCGCGCCGGCCUGAACAAGCGCAUGCUCGACAUUCUUGAGGAGAUGCCAAACGUCAAGUUCUUCUUCAGCCACAAGCUCACUGGCGCCGACUUCAGAAGAUGCAAGGCCUGGUUCGAGGUCAUGACCUCCGAGUCGGCAACAGGCCGCGCCAGGGAGAUUGAGAUCGACUUCGACUUCAUGAUUGGUGCUGAUGGCGCCCAUUCGGCCGUCAGGUACCAUUUGAUGAAGUAUGCUCAAAUGAACUACAAGCAGGAGUAUAUCGACACUCUGUGGUGUGAGUUCCAGAUCAAGCCCGCGAAGCCCCCUUUGGCGGACAGCAAGGGUCCCCAUUUCAGGAUCUCACCAAACCAUCUCCACAUCUGGCCCGGCAAAGAAUUCAUGUUUAUUGCGAUCCCCAGCGACGACGGAUCUUUCACAUGCACGCUAUUUCUGCCCAACGGGCAAACCGUGGCGCUAGAAAAUGAUCCCUCCAGCCUACCCGCCUUCUUCGACAAGCACUUCCCUGGCGUCACAGGUCUCAUUCCAGCAGAGGAGCUGAUCGCCUCGUUCAAGCAGAACCCACACUUACCCCUGAUCAGUAUCAAGUGCAGCCCCUACCACUACAACGCCUCCGCAGUUCUCGUUGGCGACGCCGCCCAUGCCAUGGUUCCCUUCUACGGCCAAGGCAUGAACGCGGGCCUGGAAGAUGUCCGAAUCCUCUUCUCCAUCCUGGACAAGCACUGCCGCAUGAGCGAGGUCAACGACCCUACAGGAGAAGCCGACAUCUCCGCUGCGGCAGCUCAUCAAAGAGGUGUCGCGCUGGCCGAGUACACGGCGAACAGAGUCCCCGACGCGCACUCCAUCAACGACCUUGCGCUCCAGAACUACGUCGAGAUGCGCGCCUCGGUGCUAUCUCCUCGAUACCGUCUGCGGAAGUGGCUCGAGGAAACCAUGUCUGUGUACCUGCCCGGGCUGGGCUGGCAAACCAAGUACUCGCGCGUCAGUUUCGGAAACGAGCGGUACUCGGAGGUCGUCUCCAAGAGCGACCACCAGGGCCAGGUGCUGAUGAAGACGUUCGAGGCGUUUGUGUGCAGUCCGCUGCUGGUCGGGGCCGUGUAUUUGUGGUGGAAGCGGCCGCAGGCGGUUGUGGGUGCUGUCCAGGGGCUUUUGCGGACUCUGUUGCAGGCGACGGAGCGUGCUUGA